CCCCGUAUUUCAAGCCAACUGGGUGACGGAUUUCAUAGUUCUUUUAAUUAUUUUUAUUUUUAUUUUUUUUUUGUGUUGCAAUUCUUUGAUUUACAAUUUUGGAGGUUUCUGCUGGAAACAACCCAAAAACUGAAACGAGAGAAUCAUCAUUCUCUCCAGUUUUCCCUUCCAUUCUCAUAUCCUUCUCUCUAGCUUUCCACCUCUGGAACGACAACUUUCCUUCUCGUUCUCGUCGUUUUCCAUCUUUAACGCCUUUUAAAGCCUCUGGGGUUGUUCCUUUUUCGCUAAUGGCUUUUCGUUUGUCUUCUCUCCUCCAGGUACCCUAGUUUUUUUUGGUCAAUCUCGAUAAUUCGUGAAAUUCUAUUGUCGUUGGAUAUCGCUGGCGUGCUGGAGUAGCGCUAUUGUUGUUUUUGCUGUGGUCUUUGUUGUUUUGUUUUGUGAUUUUGAUCAAAGAACAUUAGAGGUGGACAGUUUUGGUUUCAGCAAGAACGAUGGGCUAUCUUAACUCCGUCUUAUCAUCGUCGAGUCAGGUUUAUGCUGAGGAUGGACCUGUGAGCGGCGGUGGUCUCAGCCAGAAUGGAAGGUUCAGCUAUGGAUAUGCAAGUUCACCAGGGAAAAGAGCUUCAAUGGAAGAUUUUUAUGAGACAAGAAUUGAUGGCGUUGAUGGAGAGAUAGUUGGUCUGUUUGGAGUUUUUGAUGGACAUGGGGGUGCUCGAGCUGCUGAAUAUGUGAAACAAAAUCUUUUCAGUAAUCUGAUCAGCCAUCCAAAGUUCAUUUCUGAUACUAAAUCAGCUAUAGCUGAUGCAUAUAACCAUACAGACUCAGAAUUUCUGAAGUCAGAAAAUAAUCAAAAUAGGGAUGCUGGAUCUACUGCUUCUACUGCAAUCCUUGUUGGUGACCGUCUGCUUGUUGCAAAUGUCGGGGAUUCCAGAGCAGUUAUAUGCAGAGGUGGCAAUGCUAUUGCUGUUUCUAGAGAUCACAAACCUGACCAAACCGAUGAGCGGCAACGGAUUGAGGAUGCGGGAGGAUUUGUAAUGUGGGCUGGAACUUGGAGAGUUGGCGGUGUUCUUGCUGUCUCUCGAGCUUUUGGUGAUAGGCUUUUGAAGCAGUAUGUUGUUGCUGAUCCAGAAAUUCAGGAGGAAAAGGUUGACAGCUCUCUUGAGUUUCUUAUCCUUGCAAGUGAUGGAUUGUGGGAUGUCGUCACCAAUGAGGAGGCUGUUGCAAUGAUCAAGCCAAUACAGGACCCACAGGAGGCAGCAAAGAGGCUGCUGCAGGAGGCCUACCAGAGAGGCAGUGCUGACAAUAUCACUUGUGUUGUUGUUCGUUUCUUGGCAAACCAGGGGGGUUCCUCUCUCAGUGGUUCUGGGUAAGCAUCAUGGCAUUGAGUGGGGGUUAGUUCUUCCUAAUGGAGAAGAGAACUGCAAUAAAAGUCUGUGAUUAAUAGCUAGUCUCAGAAACACUACAGUAGCAUCUUACUGUUAUUUAUAGGGAAUGAAGAGGACUUAACUGGCAGCUAAUGUGUCUCGUAUUAUCAGCCUCUAGCCUAGAACUGUACUUGAGUAGUUUUUGUACUUGGGUGCUAAGUGUAACUAGAAUUCUGCAUGUAUGAAUAUGUAAAGAACCUGGAGACUAUGUUCUCUGCAUGUUGUAAAUGUGGUUUGAAACUAUUUGUCAUUUGUUGGGUAAGAUUUUCAUUUGUGUU